UUAUAUGUAUUCUCAAAUGAAGAAAAAAUCAUUGGUUUUCUAAUCCAAAAAAAAAUCCUUGACAACAUCCUGUUCCGGUGGUUGAAAUGUUUUUCAAUCAUAAGAAAAUUUUUUUUCGAAAUCUUUUUUCAUGUUUUCAACAAUAUGAUUACGUUAUACAUCCAUGUAUCAAAUAUUGUCCAGUUAUGAGUCAUAAUUUGGAGCAAUUUCUUCUUUUUGGCUACCUAGAAUAUAAACGAGAGAAAGAGAGAAAAAGAAAGAAAAAAGUGACAAUUUCCAUGCUACUAAGGUAUCACCCAAGUGAAUGAUUGCAGGUGUACAACCAAUAUUAUUCUACGUUUGAAACAAAGAAAAAACCCAAAAAAUCAAAAUUCAAAUCGGACAAGAAAAAAAAGAGUAUUAAACGAUAUAAAUGACAAUGAUUUCAUAUUUCUUGUCAACCAUUGUUAGUCAGUUGAGAUUUUCAUUUACGAACUACGACAAACGAUCGACAACAAAUUUUUUCCAACGACAACGACGACGACGACAAAGUUUUGACAGAUUCAACUUUUAGUUCAACGAUAUAUUUGAUCAUAAAAAUUUUUGCUUGAAAAAUCAAGUUACUGAUUUGACCAGUUGACACAUUUAUCAUCAUAACAAUGUUCUCUAGUCGACAAAUAAUUGGCAUUAUAGCCAUUACGGCAUUAUGGAUAAACGAUUGUGGGGCACAAGGCAAUCAAGGUGGCGGUGGUUUCUUGGGCGAUCUUGGAAACCUAGGUAAUCUAGGUAAUCUAAAUCUUGGCAAUUUGGGACUGGGUGGUGGAGGUUCUGGUAAUCCAGGUUUGGGCGGACAAAAUCUUGCCAAUUUCGGGGGUGGUGGUGGUGGUGGGGGAGGACGACAACCCGGAUUGGGUGGUCUUGGUGGUUUACUUGGCGGUGGCUCACCCAAUGGUUAUAAUCGUAAUACAGGUGGUGGUGGUGGUGGUCUUGGUGGAUUGGGGGGCCUGAAUCCAUUAGCCGGUCUCGGUCAAGCACUUGGUGGUUUAGCAAAUGGUCUAACCGGUGGUAAUCAACGUGGUGGUGGUCUACUUGGUGGUUUACCCGGGUUAGGUGGAGGUGGUGGUCAGCAAGGAGGACAAGGACUUGGUCUUGGUGGUCUAGGAAAUCUUGGUGGAAAUCGUGGGGGUCAAAAUGGUGGUGGCGGUUUUGGUGGUCUUGAUGGUCUCAAUUUAGGAGGUGGAAAUUCUAAUAGUGGAUUUAAUGGUCUUAAUUUGGGUGGUGGUGGAGGUGGUGGCGGCAAUGAUAUCGGUGGUCUUGGAGGUCUAGGCGGUGGUAAUGAUUUCGGUGGACAAGAUCUUGGUAAUCUUGGCAAUCUGGGCGGUGGAGCAGGUGGUGGUGAUUAUGAUUCAUUGGGUGAUGCUGGUUUUAGUAAAAAAUAAAUCCCAAUAUAUAUGUCUGUCUAUGUGUGUUUGCUUAAUUCUCGGGAAUUCAAAAAAAAAUUCCCGAAUCUAUUUGUAGAAGUGGUAGUCCUGAAUCUAUUUAAUCUUUGAAUAAUUAUUUUUUUGCAAUUCAGCUAAAACAAUUUUGUAAUCCAUGAUUUUUCCCGUUUGUUACAUCAUUUCACCAUUUUCACAUCCGUUUUUUUUAAUUUCUGUUCUGUUUAUUUGUUUCAUUCAAUCAUUGAUUUAUUUGUCCAUAUCCUGUUGUAGUCUUGUCGUUUACUUUUACCAUGUCCUUGUCUUUUUGUGUUUGUGUAUGUUGCAUCAUGAUCAUAUUUCAUAUCAAUCAUUUUGUGUUUUUUUUCAAAUAUUUUUAUCCACACCAUGAAAAAAUAUCAUUAUCACCAUUUAUAUGUAUGAAUGUUGCCAUUAUAACACUGUCUCUUUCGAAAAAAUUUUGUUCAUUUCAAUUAAUUUAAUACACGCAUGCACACACACAAAAAAUUCUAACCAUGCAUAGUCAUAAGAAGAAAUAAACAUAAACAACUAUAAAAAUGAAACGGAAAUUUUUCAGAAAA